CAACAGUUUUUGUUUUUAUAGUAAAAUUAAGUAAAUACAACAGCGUGCUGCGCAUAUGUAAUUCCGAGUUUGACUUCAAGGGGCAGUAGUGAGUUUUGAAAACUCCUGCCAGUCUUACAGCAGAGGAAGAGACGCAAGACACGUGAUGACUUUGGUAUGAUAUUGAUGGAAGGAAGCUGUAGCCGAAAUGAACACGAUGCGAACAGUAUUUUUGCGCUUUUCGUGGGCAAAGAGUUCGUGUUGGAGUAAUGGCAGUCACCCUAACAUAUUCAGCUGCAGUCAACUACGCUCUAUCAGUUCCAUGGUUCUUUCAAGGACAGAGGGCGAGCAAACUUUCCUGCAAGGGAGCUUGAACACCAAAUCAGAGGGACCCUGUGUUUUCCAGCAACCACUCUGGCACCAUCAACAAGUCCGCACAGUCAAGCGUGGGACAGAAUAUCAACCAAAGAACAUCAAACGAAAGAGGACCCAUGGCUGGAUCAAAAGAAUUAGCGCCCCAGGUGGAAUCGAAGUAAUCCUGCGCCGAAUGCUCAAAGGACGAAAAUCCCUCACGCAUUGAGACUCUGACCGGACAGUUGCUUUGAUAUACCUUUGAAGUGAAUCUCAGUUAAAUGUCAGUUGUGCAGUAGAGCUUCUGAGGUUCUAUUUAAAAUACUUGUCAAAUUAAAGAAGUUAAUGCACAGUUGCAUCAUUGGAUGUUUUUUUUUCUUUUAAUUUAGUGGAUCUAAUCCUUCUUCAAACUUCAAGUUGAGUAUUUUCAUGUCAAAGGGUCUGCUGUAUUCAGUGUUACAGUCAGAUCAGAGCAUUUACUGUUUGAAGUUGGGACAGGGAGUAUAGGUGACAAGUUUAAAAUCAAAAUAAUAAUAAAUAAAAAAACACAUUUGUCAUGA